ACCUUCCCCUUCCCACUGCCACCUUUCCUCCAUCUUCCUCUGCCACCUUCCCCUGCCCACUGCCACCUUCUCUCUGCCACCUUCCCUCUGCCAUCUUCCUCUGCCAACUUUCCCUGCCACCUUUCCUCCACCUUCCCCUGCCGCCUUUCCUCCACCUUCCCCUGCCCCCUGCCACCUUCCUCUGCCACCUUCCCUCUGCUGCCUUCCCUUUGUACUAACACCCCUUCAUCUCUCUUCUCCACCUUCCUUCUAUCUUUUUAUCACUCCAUCUCUCUCUUCUACACUCCCUCCAUUCUCUUCUCUCUCUUCCCGUCUCUUCCAAAUUCCCUCCUUUUCUCGGUCUCACCUGCUCCCUUUCUUCCGCCGUCUCUUCCUGGGGCUGUCCCGUUCCUGUGGUCCUGGCAGCUCUGCCAGGCUGAUUCGCUCGUGGGCCCGUGUCUCCCCAGUCAUCCCCUUCUCUCUGCCGCCUGGCCUUUCGCAGUGACUCUCACCCCCUGCUUCCUUCCUUCCCCACCCCCUUGAUUUCUCCAGCUCUCUCUUUUCCUCUGCCCCCCCGUUUCCGCUCCGUGCCCCUGCCAGCCCCCCACCCCGGUGUCACGCUGGCUGCGUGCUGGUUGCUGAAGCGCCAGCGAUGGGGACCAGCCGGGGGAUCCCUCGCCCGCUGCCUGCCCAGGCCCCCCUACGCCCAUGAGAUGGGAGUCAAGCAGAACCCCCCCGAAGCCACCGUCCUGCCCGUGCCGGGGGCGCCGGGCGAGAACCUGCGUCGGCUGCAGCAGCGGAAGGGGCUGCUGAAGGCCGAGGGGCAGCUGGCGGGCUGGGGCCUGGCCCUGGCGCUCGGGGGGAUCCUGCUCAUGAUGCUGCACACAGAGCUGGCCUGGUUCGGGGGCUGCAAGUGGUUUGCGUAUCUGUUCCUGGUGAAAUGCCUCCUCUUGCUCUCCACCGCCACCCUGCUGGCCCUCAUCCUCGCCUUCCACGUCAAGGAGAUCCAGCUCUUCAUGCUGGACAACUCACUCCAGGACUGGCGCCUCGCGGUGAGCGGCCCCAAGCUGGGCCUGAUCCUGCUGGAGCUGCUGGUCUGCUCCCUGCACCCCUUCCCCACGGGGGGCUCCCCGUGCCUGGCCCCCGAGCUGGCCCCCGCGGCCCCCUUCCUGCCGGGGGCCGAGAUGCCGCUGUCGCUGCUGAUGUUCCUGCGGCUCUACCUGGUGCCGCGGGCCGCGCUGCUGCAGAGCCGGGUGCUGGGGGACGCCUCGUACCGCACCAUCGGCUCCCUCAACCAGAUCCGCUUCCAGUACCCGUUCGUCCUGCGCCUGUUGGUCAACCGCCAGCCCGGCCGCGUGCUGCUGGUGCUCACCCUGGGGCUCUGGCUCACCGCCUCCUGGGUGCUGGCCGUCUGUGAGAGGGAGAACAGAGCAUGGCAGCUGAAGGAGACGCUGUGGGUCAUUCCCAUCACUUUCCUCACCAUCGGCUACGGGGACGUGGUGCCAGUGACGGCGUGCGGCCGGCUGGUCUGUCUGUGCACCGGCAUCAUGGGCGUUGGCUGCACGGCGCUGCUGGUGGCAGUGGCAGCUGACAAAAUGGAGUUCAACCGGGCGGAGAAACACGUUUACAACUUCAUGAUGGACAUACAGUGCACCAAAGAGAUGAAGAACUCGGCAGCCAACGUCCUGCAGGCGGCUUGGCUCUUCCACAGACACAGCAAGGCCAGGGCCGGGCGACGGGCCCGGACACAGCACAGGCGCUUGCUGGCGGCCAUCCACAGGUUCCGGGAGGUCCGGAUUCGGCACCGGAAGCUCCGGGACCAGGUUAACACCCUGGUGGACAUGUCGAAGGUGCAGACGAUUCUCUGUGACCUCAGCACCGGGCUCAGCACCUCCCAGCGGGGCCUGGAGAAGCGAAUCAACACCCUGGACCAGAAGCUGGACGCGCUGACAAGGCUGGUGACGGCCGCCCUGGAGGCCAAACAACCGCAGGAGCAGUGGCUGCUACAGCCCCAGGACAGCCAGACAGGCCGGUGAGGCGUUGUUGACCCGGCAUUGGAGCCCAGACCCGGGUCCAGGGGCGCCUGCCCCAUAGGGGCCUGCAGGGACUCAGCCCCCUGUACCCCGACUGGGACUGAAGGAGAUGCCACUUGGGGGGCUGGGAAUGGGUGGACAACAGCGCUCCCUGGUGGCCACAGGCUGGAACCGCAGGCUGCCUGUGCUCACCCCAGCUCCAAAGUGCAAGAGGGUUACACCCCCAAAGGGGGGCUGGUUAGAUCACGGCCGCCGUCAGGUGAAAUAUGGCAGCACGUCUUCCUCGAGGGGCUCCCCACUGGGGAGCGAUCCAUGCAGCAGGCCCACGCUUUGCAGCAGGACACCCCCCAGCUGUGAGUGGGCGUGCAAAGACCCAAGCUGCAGAUGGAAGGCCCGUGCUUCGCACCAGUAGAUUUGUGAUUGUGAACAGUGUGCGAGGGAUCCAGGAUGUGAGCCAGGGAAGGCACAUGCUUUGCAUGAGGGGAUCGCUGAGUGUGAGCAGCCCUGCGUGGGACUGAGGGACACAGUGCGUGCUCUGCACAAGAGGUGCUGUGACUGGGAGCUGGCAUGCAAGGGAUCCAGGAUGGGAGGGAGGGAAGACAUAAGCUUUGCACAAGGGGCUCUGGGAUUGUGAAGGCUCCAGGGCGUGAGACACAGCAGGCCCAUGCUGUGCACAAGGGCAAGUGGUGAAUGUGAGCCAUUGUGCAAAAGAGCCAGGCUGUGAAACACGGCCAGCUUGCACUUUGCACCAGGGACAGCGUGACUGUGAACAGGUAUGUGAGGGAUGCCAGCUGUGAAACACGGCAGACGCAUGCUUUGCACCAGGGGCUCUGGCAUGCAAGGGACCCAGUGUGCGAGACUUGGAAAGCACCUGCUUUGCAAAAGGGGCUUUGGGAUUGCGAGCAGCCGUGCGAGCCCCUAGAAACGUGAAAUACAGAGCACAUGGGCGUCAUAACAGGUGGCGGCUCGGCAUGCAAGGGGGCUAAGUGUGAAAGACUGGUUCCCCUCUUUAGACAAGGCUGUGCACGCUCGCACCACUCGCUCAGGAAGCAGACCAUGGAGGGCACGACUCUCACCCAGAGCAAAUAGCCCUGCGUACAGCACCAGGCGCGCCCAAGGCUGGUUCUUGUCGCUACCCAGCCUAGAGCACCAGGAAAUAGCCAGGACAGGAACGGCCCCUUCAGCGUGGGGUUUAAUGCAGGGCACGCCGGUGCCUUGCACAUUUCAGCCAAGAGACAAACCUGAGUUCUUGGCCUUUGUGGGCACUAGGGCCCUCCUGGUUCCCCCUCCCGUCCCAGACUCAGGAUAUGAACCCAGGCGUCCUGGCCAAAGCCCAGCUCCCAAUUCCCUUCUGCUUCCCUAAACUGCCCAGUGCUGUUUCAGUUCUCGCUCACGCGCUGUCCUAAACCCCUGGAGAUGGCUGCAUCUCAGCACCGAGGGGUCCCUGUAUAAACAGUCCCUGGGCUCCACCCCAGAGGUGGCCGCAUCUCAGCGCCAGGCAAGCGGUGCCUGUCUAGCCAUUUGGGCUGAGAGUCAGGAACAUCUCAGGCAAAAAUAGGAACCAGAACUGUAUGGUGUGUGGUGGAGGGGGACAGACGGACUGGAAUCCCCUAAAUUAAGAUGCCAUGACAGCCCCACCGGGGUUAGCUGGAGGGUGUGAAAUAUACCCCGCAGAGGCGGGGGGGGGGCAUUUUGUGGCUGCCAGCUAUUUGGGGCACGGACCAGCUUUGGGGUUGGGGUUUGUUCAGUGGGUGGCGUCCAGGCGGGUGGGGGGGGGAGGACUGAGGCAUCCCCACAGUCCCCCAAAUGCCAAGCCAUGCUGCCGUACAGCACCUGGCGCGCGGGGCCCUGGGGUGGUGGAUUCCCAGCUGUGCUGCUGUACAGCCCCUGGUGCGAUGGCUCCCGUCGGUCUGAUGGUUACAAACCUAGCUGCUGCAUUGGAAAUAAAAGAGCUGUUUGCCCACAUGCCC